AUGGCAUACCAGUUCUUUGCAAAGGCGCAUCAGUCCAACAAAGCGCCCACUUCUCCACCCCUCUCCCCUCCCCCAUCCUCCCCCUCCUCCAGAUACAAUAAACCAUCCAUGCAGCCUCCUUCGGUGGCCCUCUCUCACUCCCCAGGCUCUAUUCCGAAGCCCAAUAUUGCAUCCAGACUGAAACCGCCAGCGGGAAGAGACACAUCCUGCCAGCUCCCCGCGUAUCCUCACCCCAUUUCCCCAGGCUACCAGACCCCCCAUCCCCACAUCACCAUCGACCCGGUCAGCACGGCGCACAUUCCGUCCUUGACCCGGAUCACAGGCCUUCUCCUACCCAUCCGCUACCCCAACUCGUUCUACACGGCGACUAUCACCGACCCCGUCAUCGCGUCCGUCUCCCGCGUCGCAAUCUACCACGACCACCCCGUGGUCGCAGCUCCGUCAUCUACCUCCUCAUCCCCCGCCUCAAGCCUGGGAGCAAGCACAGGAACAGAUAAAGUGAUUGGCGGCAUAAGAUGUCGGCUCGAGCGAUCACCAGACGCGGACACAGCGCCUCAGUCCGCCACUGAGCCGACAAAUCUAUACAUCCAGACGCUCCAUCUUCUCUCUCCGUAUCGGGGCUCGGGCGUUGCUGCAUCGCUGCUCAAUGCUCUUCUCUUUGCCACGACGCCCUCGCCUUCCUCGCCUCUCGCCUCGGCCGAGGUAUCGGCGCUGGUGAGGCAUUACAAUAUCCGCACCGUCACAGCGCAUGUCCACGAGGCUAACGACGAGGGGCUGAAAUGGUACCUUGCUCGUGGCUUCCAGGUGGAAGAGGGCCUGGUGGAGAAUUACUAUCGGCGGCUGAAGCCCUCGGGUGCGAAGAUCGUCAAGCUGGUCCUUGACUGGAGCGAUGAUGACGGUGAGGAAGAUAUCCAGGAGUGCGCGCGUUAUGGUGAAAACGACGCCGACGCCAAGAACGAGGAUGACGAUGAGGACUGGGAGAAAGUCGAAGCCGAGGAUAGCGAUGACCCUGAUACGCACGGGGUACAGCCAGUUACCGAUUCCAAAGUCCUCGAGUUCGACGAGGGUCCUACGCGGAAACGCAAAGCGGAUGAUGAGCCUCAGAGGCUAUGA